AUGGCGGCAUCCAAUCAUUUCCUCGAGGACAAAAAGAUCAUUGUGGUAGGCGGUGGCAUCGCUGGAUGCGCCUUUGUGGCCGCCCUCCACAAACUCUGGAACCCAAACUGGAGAUUACCAGAGAUCGUCGUCCUCGAGCGCAACCCAAGAGAUGUUCGACACAACUAUUCGAUAUCCCUACAUGGCGACAGCGUCAAUGGAGGUCUGGUCGCCUUGCGACAACUCGGCCUCCUCGGUGAAACACUCAGUCACUCCAUCUUCGGUCUCCGGUCGGGCCAGUUCAAAAUGUGGGAUGUUAACUGGAAGGAGCUGAUGUCAACACAGCCUCGGCCAUGGGGGGACUUGCCAACGGGGUCCAUGAGAAUCCAGCGCAGCGAUCUUGAACGAAUCCUGGUCCGAGAAGCAGAGAGGAUAAACGCAACCUUCCAUCGGGGUGUUGAAUGUACCGGGGCUGAGCGGUUAGCCAACGGCAGGAUCCGAGUCGCGGUGGAGGAUGAGGCGGGAGUCAAAGAUUACCAGGAUUGUGACUUUCUCGUGGUCGCCGACGGCGCUCAGAGCAGACUCAGGGCUGCUCUCCGGCCCCACGAUGACCUCAAGUACGCCGGCGCGGUCCAGAUAGGUGGAAGAGCCGAGUUCCCACAUGGGAUACCGGAGCCCAUCGAGGAGAAUUGGGGUAUCUUGUUGUCCGGGAAGGGUGUUUGCUGUUACUUCUCGGCCGUCGAUAAAGACACUGUCGUGUGGGCACUGAGCCAACAACGAGCCGAGCCGGAUACGCGAACAAGCGUAGCGACGCCCGACAGAUUCGCAGCCCUCAAAGAAGAAGCCCUCCGCCUCGGCAGCAUGUUCUCGGAGCCAUUCCGCACAAUCGUCGAGUCGACCAUCCCAUCAUCAGCCUUUGUGACUGCAGCCAUGGAGAAGGAACCAUUUCGGCACGACGACCCGAGCCUCGAAAGAAUAGUCUUUAUCGGUGAUGCCAACCAUGCCGUGAGUGCUUUUGCUGGAAACGGAGCCAAUCUGGCGUUGAAGGAUGGAUGGGAUCUGGCGGAAAACAUCUGUUACCAGUCAUCUCUGCACAACGCUGUGGCAGCCUACGACAGACUGGGCUUUGCACGGGCAGCUGAGGCCAUCAAGUCGUCUCACCAAAAGAUUGACUUUGCCCAUUGCACAAGCGUCAAGGACUCGCUGUUACGAGCUGGGCUGGCGACUGGACGAUGGCUUAUGCGCAUUAGGGGGAUGUGA